GCUGGUACCGUUUUCGGUGAGGAUGGGACUACUGGUGGUGGUGGUGCCAAUAUUCUGGACGUUGACCCUGCGUUGAUAUCCUAUUCACCAGCCGACUUCAAACAGUUCCCCUUUACCCUAGAACUCACUAACCCCACAACAAAGUCUUCGUAUACCAAUAUGUUGUCUGUUGGUAUCCGUGAAUCUAUCCGUAACGGCAAGUACGACGGUCAAUUGAUUGAAGAUCUCGGUAUCAAGACAGAUAUUGUUGUGCGUGCUCGUUGGUCCGAUCUGCAGCCCAACUCUACAACCAACACUCAGUACGAUCGUAUUGCUGACAACCUCUCUCGCAUUGGCAAGGCUAAUGGACAGGCCAACACCAUGUUUGUUGCCGAGCCUUUCUCUAUGGAUGCAAACUUGGGAGAUUUCAAGUUGGAUGCCGAGGUUUCUGGUAUUGAGGACAUCACCAUCACUUCUGAUGAUGGCAAGAAGGUCUUUGGUACCCAAAAGCUCACUCUUGAUCAUCACAACGUUACCAUCACAACACCACCUAUUUCUGAUGGAAUUGGCACACAGCGUAUUACUAUUAUUGGUUCUACUAAAGGCAAGCAGAUUAUCAAGACUUACCGUACUGUUCGCGUUGUGCCCACUGAUGAGCAGCGCGUCCAUAUUGCUACCACUCCUUUUACCUUUAAUGGAAAGUCUACUUCCGUCGGUCUGUUCAAUAGUGCUGAAACUGCACCCGUGGAUGGAUGGAGCUUGCACAAUGGAAAAUGGAUGGUUGGCAAUGGUACUUUGUAUAACAACAAUGUUGUCACUUCGUUGGAAGUUUUCAUGACUGCCCCAGUGGGUACUCAUGUAAACUUCAAUCUUGAUGUCAACUUGGACUGUGAGACAGAGUUUGAUUACCUCGGUCUACUUACCAAGUCGGACAACAAGGAAACCCCAAUUCUUACUACGGUCUCACGACUUGUCGCUGGACGUAUUAUUCCUGGUGUCAGUGGAAGAAACACUGUGGUCAAGGGAGCUUACCCCUUCACUACCACCACUGAAAACUUUUCAGUGAUUCUUCGUUUCACAUCUGAUGUGAUUAGUGGAUUCAAGGGUGCUACUAUCAACUCGUUCACGGCCAGUGCUGCAACUGCUCCAGCACCACCUAGCAGCGUAUCCAAGGGACAUCGCAAGCCCAUAAUCUUCUGAUUUUCUAGAUACAGCUAGUUUCUCAGUUGCCACAUUAACAUUUACAAGUAAUUGUUUCCAAAACAUUUGCUUGUUGUUCAUUAUGUUACACUUGAUCAAAUAAAGGUUUAGAUGUUGUUUU